AGGUUGGCUGAAUGGCAGCCAGUGUCGGGGCGCCUCUAUGGGAAUGGCGAGUUCCGGGGUUCAGCCGCUCACUCAAGCCUGUGGCAAGGGGGCGGGUUCGAGAGGCGGGCCGAAGCCGAGGGCGGCGCGGGAGGCCCUGGUGCCGGAGCUCUCUCUGGGGACCGGAAGCCUGGACCAGAGCUACUGGAGGGAGCGGGGGCUGAGACUCUGACCAGGCUCAGACCCCAAAUGGCGCAGUGGGAGAUGCUACAGAAUCUUGACAGCCCAUUUCAGGAUCAGCUGCACCAGCUCUAUUCAAAUAGCCUCCUGCCGGUGGACAUUCGACAGUACUUGGCUGUCUGGAUUGAAGAUCAGAACUGGCAGGAAGCUGCACUGGGCAAUGAUGAGGCCAAGGCUAAUAUGCUGUUCUUCCACUUCUUGGACCAACUGAACUAUGAGUGUAGCCGCUGCAGCCAGGACCCUGAGUGUUUGUUGCUACAGCACAACUUGCGAAAAUUCUAUCGGGACAUUCAGGCCUUUCCCCAGGGCGCUACCCAAUUGGCUGAGAUGAUCUUUAAUCUCCUUCUGGAAGAAAAAAGAAUUCUGACCCAGGCUCAGAGGGCUCAGUCGGAGCAAGGAGAGCCAGUCCUUGCAGCAUCUGGGGAGAGCCAGCAGCAUGAGAUUGAAUCGCGGAUCCUGGAAUUAAAGGCUAUGUUGGAGAAGCUGGUGAAAUCCAUCAGCCAACUGAAAGACCAGCAGGAUGUCUUCUGCUUCCGAUAUAAGAUCCAGACCUCAGCGAGGACACCCUCUUUGGACCCCCAUCAGACCAGACAGCGGGACAUUCUGCAGGAAACGCUCAAUGAACUGGACAGAAGGAGAAAGGAGGUGCUAGAUGCCUCCAAAGCACUGCUAGGCCGAUUAACUACCCUAAUUGAGCUACUGCUGCCCAAGCUGGAGGAGUGGAAAGUUCAGCAGCAGAAAGCCUGCAUUGGAGGCCCCACGGAUGGAGGGUUGGAGCAGUUGGAGAAGUGGUUCACAGCUGGAGCAAAGCUGUUGUUUCAUCUGCGGCAACUGCUGAAGGAGCUAAAGGGAUUGAGUCACAUGGUCACCUAUCAGGGGGACCCUCUGAUCGAAGGGGUGGAUCUGCGGAAGGCCCAGGUCACAGAGCUGCUACAGCGCCUGCUCCACAGAGCCUUUGUAGUAGAAACCCAGCCCUGCAUGCCCCAAACUUCCCAUCGACCCCUCAUCCUCAAGACUGGGAGCAAGUUCACCGUCCGAACAAGGCUGCUGGUGAGACUCCAGGAAGGCAAUGAGUCACUGACUGCAGAAGUCUCCAUUGACAGAAAUCCUCCUGAAUUACAAGGCUUCCGGAAGUUCAACAUUCUGACCUCAAACCAGAAAACUUUGACUCCUGAGAAAGGGCAGAGUCAGGGCUUAAUUUGGGACUUUGGCUACCUGACGCUGGUGGAGCAGCGUUCAGGUGGUUCAGGAAAGGGCAGCAAUAAGGGGCCACUGGCCGUGACAGAGGAACUGCACAUUAUCAGCUUCACAGUCAGAUACACCUACCAGGGUCUGAAGCAGGAACUGAAGACGGACACCCUUCCUGUGGUGAUUAUUUCUAACAUGAACCAACUCUCAAUUGCCUGGGCCUCGGUUCUCUGGUUCAAUCUGCUCAGCUCAAACCCCCAGAAUCAGCAGUUCUUCUCCAGCCCCGCCAAGGCCCCCUGGGACUUGCUGGGCCCUGCUCUCAGUUGGCAAUUCUCCUCCUACGUUGGCCGAGGCCUCGACUCAGACCAGCUUGGCAUGCUGCGGGACAAGCUGUUUGGGCAGAACUCCAGGACUGAGGGUGCCUUGUUGUCCUGGGUCCAUUUCAUUAAGCGAGAGAGCCCCCCUGGCAAGCUACCAUUCUGGACGUGGCUCGACAAAAUUCUGGACCUGGUACAUGACCACCUGAAGGAUCUCUGGAAUGAUGGACGCAUCAUGGGCUUUGUGAGCCGGAGCCAGGAGCGCCGGCUGCUGAAGAAGACCAUCUCUGGCACCUUUCUGCUGCGCUUCAGUGAAACAUUGGAAGGGGGCAUUACCUGCUCCUGGGUGGAACACCAAGAUGAUGAUAAGGUGCUCAUCUACUCUGUGCAGCCCUUCACCAAGGAGGUGCUGCAGUCACUCCCGCUGACCAAAAUCAUCAGCCAGUACCAGCUGCUCACUGAGGAGAACAUACCUGAGAACCCACUGUGCUUCCUCUACCCACGAAUCCCCCGGGAUGAGGCUUUUGGGUGCUACUCCCAGGAGAAAGUUAAUCUCCAGGAACGGAAGAAAUACCUGAAACAUAAGCUCAUUGUGGUCUCUAACAGACAGGUGGAUGAGCUGCAACAACUGCCGGAGCUUAAGCUGGAGCCAGAACUGGAGUCAUUAGAGCUGGAUCUGGGGCUGGCACCAGGGCCAGAGCCAGGGCCGGGCCUGGACUUAGAGCCACUGCUGGAGGCAGGGCUGGAUCUGGGGCCAGCACUGGAGUCCACUCUGGAGCCCGUGCUGGAGCCCACUCUGGAGCCUGUGCUGGAGUCCACUCUGGAGCCCACGCUGGAGUCCACUCUGGAGCCCACACUGGAGUCCAUUCUGGAGGCCACACUGGAGCCCACACUAGGCGAGGUGUCACAGAGAGUCCCAGAGCCAAACCUGGGACCAGGACUGAAGCUGGAGCCUAUUCCAGAGCCUAUUUCACAGCCACUGCCAGAGCCGGAUUUGCCCCAUGAUCUGAGACACCUGAACACUGAGGACAUGGAAAUCUUCAGAAACAGCAGGAAGAUUGAAGAAAUCAUGCCAAAUGGUGACCCACUGUUGGCUGGCCAGAACACCAUGGAUGAAGCUUACGUCUUCCCUCGCAGCCAUUUCUACACAGAUGGGCCCUUGAUUCCUUCUGACUACUAGAAACUACAUUUUCUCUGUUCUUUCCAUAUAUUUUGCCCUUCCUACCUCUCACAUCAUGAUGUUGCUCUCCAAGGAUGGGAAAUCAGGCGUGUGCUCCUUCUAAACUGGGUUAACCGUGGGAUUUGGAGUGAGAGGUAGAAGCAUAAUAUGGGUAAGGAACGGGCACCAAUGAAUCAGAACAGAUGUUACCCAUAGCUCCAGCUAGGAGCCUGGAGGCUGCCUACUGUGCUGGGAGGUAUAGGAAUUUGAGGGCAGGCCAGAACAGUUAGGAGGUACUUGGAGGGCUCAGGGCAGUGGCUUUUUUCCAGUAUGGAAGGCUUUCAACAUUUUAGUAGCUGAUAAGACUAACCUGGUGCCUACUUCAUCUUCCUGGAGUGCCCUUUCUGCUCAAAACAGCUCUGACUUCUGAUCCUGCAGUGAUUCAGAACUCCUGUCUUUGGCCAAAUACACUCUUGGCCAGGAAAGCAGGGAAGGAAGCCCUGGGUCAGAGAGCAAGAGAGGGCCACACUUAGGACCCCCACUUCCUAAUCACAGUCCCUUGUAAUCUCAUUCAGCUUGCUUAGCCAUGUAGGGAUUAAGGCCAAAAAGAUCACGGUUACUGUAUAUACCAAGGGGUCAUGAGGAAAGAUCCCUCUCCACCAUAGCCCUGCAGAGUAGAAGGAUGCAUUUUGUAGUCCUUUGGCCCUGUUUUUCCGUUCUGUUUCUUUUUACUAACAAGCCUAGAAAUUAGACUUAGAUAUCCACAUAAAUAAGUCUUUAUUGAAAAAAGUGCAUAAUUCAGUAUAAAUAUAAUAAAUAUUCCUCCUCCCCAAACUGCUGCCACGAUGAUAAAUAAUCCCAAAAUUUCCCUUCCCAUGUAAUAAAUAUUCAGCCUGUUCUAGGUCAGCAUCGUAAGUCAGUCAGUAUUGGUAAUUUUUCAACAGAGCAAGUCCUGUUAAAAUUAAUGGACUGAUUAACUUGUUGGCUCACAGGUGUCUAGGCUGAUAAAUUCAUCUUAGCAUUGCUGAGCCGUGGAGGUCUGGGUGCCAUCCUUAAGCUGCUGGCUUAGGGGCUCAGAGUUGCUGCUCCAUGGGCAAAGACCCUGGCAGCUACAGCCACAAAGGCCUGGAGGCUGCGAAGGAUCUUGAGACGGAGAAGGAGGCGCUGCCACGGCUGGCUGGGACUGGGGCUUGGAGUCUGCUCAGUCUCCCAGUGGUGACCCUCGGGCUGAAAGGACACAGGACACAAUCAGAGAGGACUCUAGAUCCUUCACUCCCCCGCCAGGCUCUGUCUCUGACACCUGCAAGCCCCACUCCUCCAGGCCCCUAGUUCAUACCUGCAAGAGUUCCCUGAGGCCCAGUAGGGAGGCAUGAAGCUGGCCCACAGGGCCAUCGGGGAGUAGAGAAGGCUCCCCUGUGAAAAUAUCUGAGCCCAGCAGCUUCUCAUAAAAAACCAGGCCUUGGUGGAUCCUUUGCAAGCAGGACUGGGGAGAAAAGAAAGCAGUGAAAAAAAACAGAUACAGGGACUUCCCUGGUGGUCCAGUGGUUAAGACUCCGUGCUUCCACUGUAGGGGGCAUGGGUUUGAUCCCGGGUUGGGGAACUAAGAGCCCGCAUGCCGCUCAGCGCAGCCAAAAAAAACACACCAAAAACAAAAAAUAGAGAGGGAGAGAAAGAAAGAAAGAGAAAAAAGGAAGGAAGGAAAGAAAGAGAAAAAAAAGGAAGGAGGGGAAAGAAAGGAAGAAGGAGUGAGAAGAAGGAAGGAAAGAAAAGAGAAAGGAAAAGAAAAAGAAGACAGAUACCUUCUAAUUACUCCACCAAAGACCCACCUGAUAUUUGCCAUUCUUAGAAACGGCUGUGAUAUGAAUGUUUGCGGCCCCAUAAAAUUCAUAUUUUGAUAUCCUGAUCCCCAUGUGACGGUAUUAGGAAGUGGUACCCUUGGGAGGUUACUAGGUCAUGAGGAUGGAGCCUUCAAGAGUGGGAUUAUUGCUCUUAUAAAAGAUACCCACAGAACUCCCUAAUCACUUCCACAAUGUGAGGAGACAAGAAGUCUGCAACCAGAAGAGGGCCCUCACUCAACCAUGCUGGCACCUUAAUCUCAGACUUCCAGCCUCCGGAACUGUGAGAAAUAAAUGUCUGUUGUGGGCUUCCUUGGUGGCACAGUGGUUAAGAAUCCGCCUGCCAAUGCAGGGGACACGGGUUCGAGCCCUGGUCCAGGAAGAUCCCACAUGCUGCAGAGCAGCUAAGCCCAUGUGCCACAGCUACUGAAGCCCGUGCACCUAGAGCCCAUACUCCACAGCAAGAGAAGCCACCGCAACAGAGCCCACACUGCAACGAAGAGUAGCCCCCGCUCACCGCAACUAGAGAAAGCCCACACGUACCCACAAAGACCCAACGCAGCCAAAAAUAAAUUAAAAUUUUAAAAAUAAAUUAUUUUUUAAAAUAAAAAAUGUCUGUUUAUAAA